UACGAACCAAGUUGUAGGAAAUGUGAAGAAAACGGCACGUAUUGCAGAUUGAGUAGGAGCAAUAACAGCAAGUUGAAGGAAACCGAAUGCUUCGACAUCCGUAAGCAGCCAAGAGGUGAAACGAAAAGACCACAUGAUCAAACAGGUUUGAUCCCGACUAGUCUUUUUGUCCUUGUUGUGCUAGUCAUAGCUACAUAUUUUAUCCACGGAACAAGCAAUUUAAAGAAAGAGGAUCAAGUAAAGAUCGAAAGGUUUUUAGAGAAUUACAGGGAUCUCAAGUCUACAAGGUACACAUUUGCUGAGAUAAAGAAACUUACUCAUAAUUUCAAGGACAAACUCGGCCAAGGAGGUUAUGGAAUAGUUUACAAGGGAGAGCUUUCCAAAGAUGUUCCUAUUGCAGCCAAGAUCCUCGACAACUUCACUGGUAAUGGCGAUGACUUCAUCAACGAAGUGGCAACGAUAGGUACGAUCUACCAUGUCAAUGUGGUUCGCUUAGUCGGAUAUUGUGCGGAUGGGUAUAAAAAAGCUCUUGUUUACGAGUAUUUGCCGAAUGAUUCUCUAGAAAAGUUCAUAUCAUCUGAUCAUAAAAGAGCUUCACUUGGUUGGGAGAAGCUCCAAGGUAUUGCUCUAGGCAUAGCCAAAGGAAUUGAAUAUCUUCACCAAGGUUGUGAUCAAAGAAUCCUCCAUUUCGAUAUUAAGCCUCAUAACAUCUUGUUAGACAAAAAUUUCAUUCCAAAAAUUUCUGAUUUCGGGCUAGCCAAGUUGUGCUCGAAAGAACAAAGCAUUGUAUCCAUGACAGCUGCUAGGGGAACCGUGGGUUAUAUUGCACCGGAGGUGUUCUCUAGGAAUUUCGGCAAUGUGUCGCACAAGUCAGACGUUUAUAGUUUUGGAAUGGUGUUGCUUGAAAUGGUUGGAGGGAGGAAGAAGAAUAUUGAUGUCAGUGCAGAAGUUUACUUUCCUGAAUGGAUUUAUAAUCGUUUAAAUUGUGAAGAAGUAAAUAACAAUGAAGGUGAGGAAGGCGGAGAUGCCAAGAUUGUUAAGAAGCUAACAGUUGUAGGACUUUGGUGCAUCCAAUGGUACCCAGGAGACCGGCCUUCAAUGAAAGCUGUGGUUCAAAUGCUUGAGGGAGAUGGAGAUACCUUGGGCAUGCCCCCGAAUCCCUUUUCUACCACCAAUGGGUCAAUUACAAGGGGAAACAUGGGCGGAAGGCAUUUUAGCACUACGUUAGAGAUAAUUUCUGAAUCCGAUUGAGAUCGAGAAGUGUUGCAUAAUUGGACUGAGUUUU